GUGACGAUGGCACAACCGAAUAUUACCCGUCCCCCUCAGACCCCUUGGCAGUCGUGGAACGAUGCUGCUCUCGCUCUUUGCCCGCAUCACGGGCUCGGUCGGCGCCAAAGUCAUUGACAAGAUCGCCCCGGACGCGUUCAUCGACGUCACCAAGUCGAGCCGCACGCUCGCCCCGACCUCCGAGGACGACGAGGCCCACGACGAUGUGAGCAUGCGCCUUCCUGAUUUCGCGCUCGAUAAGACCAAAACGAUCCUGGACAAGCAGCGCGCCGCGUCGGCCGACGAGACAGAAGACGAGUCCGAUGACGAGUACGACGACGACGACGUUGAUGAUGGCCUCACGCACGACGACCUUGCGGAAGCGCAGUGGCUCCUGGACACGCUUCUCGAGCUUGUCGAGGCCGCGGCGACCUUUGGCCUCGACGGCGACGCCAUGUUUGACAUGCUCUUGGCACUGGAUACGUGGCAGCGCGCCCUGUACGACGCCCCCGACUCGGUCCGGACACGCCUUCCGACGCUCUCGGAGCUGCUCUCCUCCCUCAAGGCGUACGCACUGCCGUUCAAGCAAGCAGAUCUGUGGUACCAACUGGUCGAGUGCGAGACGGCCCUCGAGCAGCUCGCCGCGCCGCGAUGCUAGUGCUUGGAAGGCGUAGUCGUUAGUCGUUAGGUGUUAUAUAUAUGAAUGGAAACCCGUGACGUCGUGGGUCUGUCGACAGAAGACAGCAAGUCCA